AUGGUUAACGUCGCGAUCGCAGGCGGUACCGGCGCCGUGGGCAAGACCCUCAUCGAGGUGAUGGCUUCGCAGACGAAACAUCAAGCCGUCGUCCUCACCCGCAAGAGGCUCUCGCGCCGACUUACCAGGUCGACUACUCCAACGUCGCCUCUCUCAAGGGCCUUCCUCGAAGAACACAACAUCCACACCGUCAUCAGCGCCUUUGGCAUCAACGCCACCUCGCUCGCGACAUCUCAACUCAACCUCAUCAAAGCCGCCGACGAGUCCUCGGUCACGAAGCGCUUCAUCCCCAGCUCCUUCGCCAUGCGCUACCCCGAAGACGGCGUCAAGAUCCUCCCUCCCCUCGAACACUACUUCACCUCCCUCACAGCGCUGUCCUCGACGACCCUCGAAUGGGCCGUCGUCCUCAACGGCACGUUCCUCGAAUACUUCGCCCCGGCCGCCCUCAAAUCCCACCACCCGCACAGUGUCAUCGUCCUCGAUAUGCACCACAACGCGGCCGCGAUCCCGGGCGACGGCAACACUCCCGUGACCUUCACCUACACCUUCGACGUGGCGCGCUUCGUCGUCGCGGCGCUGGACCUCGAGCGUUGGCCGGCGGACCACGAGCUGCGCAUCGUCGGCGACGAGCUCACCUUCAACGACUUUGUCAAGAUGGCCGAGGAGGUCAAGGGCGUCAAGUUCGACGUCGUGUAUGAUGAUGUGGAGAAGGUGAGGGCGUCGCAGAUCUCGGAGCUGCCCGGGCACAAGGCCUCGUACGACAAGUUCCCCAAGGAGCAGCUGCAGUGGUUCCUCGCUAUUUUCGAGCUGUGGAUGGCGACCGGGCUGGGCAAGGUUGAGAGGGAGGGCAGUCUGAAUGAGAUGUUCCCCGAGAUCAAGCCGCUGACGGCGCGGGAGAUGCUGGAGAAGUACUGGAAGUCAUGA